AGAAAUUGCAAAAGAAACUUCAACUUUGCAUGUAAAAAAAAUUGUUUUUUUUUAUCCGAAAAUUGCCGCGUAACCAAUUUAUUGAGAAAUUUUGCGAAAUCGCAUCCGUUCGAGAUCCUUCGUGCACGAGGACACCCAACGCCGAGCAAAAAGUGACAAUUAAAAGACUGCGAAACAGCAAUAAAUAUGUCGUGGCUACAGAAUUUGUCCAAAAUUAAAGAUGAAGUCACGCAUUUCGCGACAGAAGUUUUGGCUCCCGACAUGCCAGAAACGUCGUCCGAGGCUUCCGACACGGAAAAGGCGAAACAAAAGGAAUUGCAGGAACAACAAUUGCAGGAAAUGGCGAGUUUAGUGGCGACGCAAGAUGCAGAGCUCAUGACGUUAAGGAAACAAAUCGCCGAGCUCCAACAGCAGCAGCAACAACAACAAAUCAAGUCAAUUGAAGCCAGCAGUACGAGCGGGAGCUCAAAACCAGCAACGAUCUCGGGCAGCAAUGUCAAUCUCGAGGACAGCUGGUUCUGGGAGCCGGAAGACAAAACUUCCUCCGCGUCGUCCAAAAAAGAUGACAACGAGUCACCUUCAGCUGCCGACAUGACCACAAUUGCCUUGGAUUCGGGCACGGAACACGAAAUAAUUGAACGUCUGCAACGUCAAUUGAGCGAACGCGAAGCGAAACUCAAGAAAAUCUCCAUAGAAAAUGCUUUGAUGAACGAAAAAUUGAGUCAAUUGACGGCGGAGAACAAGGAACUCACGCAAAAUCUCGACGAACUCGAUCAGCAACACUCUUUGGCGAUGGAAGAAGUUCUAAAAUCCAAAAAAAUUCAAACAGAAAAAAUUUCUGCGAUGGAAAAAGACCUCGAAAAGUUGCAAAAAACUGAAAAAAUGGUCAAAGACUUGGAAGAAAAGCUAAAAUCAGUUACAAAAUCCCACACGGACCUCGAAGAAAACUACAAAAAAGUCGAAAAAUCGUAUUUGAGCGCUCUAGAAUCGGAAAAACGUCUCAAAGACGAGUUGGAAGUCUUCAAAAAUGAACUUGAAUCACUCGUUCUGGAAAAUGUCGAACUCAAAGCAGCCAUCGAGACUAAAGAAACUUCAACCAGAGGCGAAUUGGACAAUAUUUUGGUCGAAAAUAAAAAAUGCAUGGAAGAACUGAAGAAGAUUUCGCAUGAAAAUAGCGAGUUACAGGCAAAAGUCGCACGUUUCGAAGAGGAAUUGGCGAAAAAUGCAUCAAAAACUGCUGAAACUGAUCAAAAUGCGAAUUUAUUGGAACGAAUUAAGAACUUGGAAGACGAAAUUACGGCAAUUUGCAUCGAAAACAGCAAAUAUAAGGACGACUUUGAACUGGCGAACCAAGAAAAGGACGAAAUGUUCGCAGAAUUAUGUGAAAGAAAGAAGGCCCUCGACGAAUUUACGAUAAAAUUCGAACAUGAUAUGCUCGAUGUGAAGGACAAAGUCAAAUUUAUGGAAGAUCUCGAGGAGGAAAAUGAAAAAUUGAAGAAAAAACUUCGAGAUUUGGAGUCCGGAGACGUUCCAAAGUCAGCAGAAAACAUUUCUUUCGCCGAAAUGAAGGAACUGAUCAAGACCCAUUUCAGUUUCGACUCGAAUUUGGUGUCCGAAAAGGACUAUUUUGAUGAUUUUUUGGAGUCAACGAAGGAUGUCACCUCUAAACUCAAAGCUACGGAGCGUCAAUUGAUGGAUUCGGUUCACGAACUCAAUGUUCUGAAGGAAGCUUAUGCCGCGCUCGAGAACGAAAAGGAAAUUUUGAAGACAGAUUUGCUAAAUUACGAGGUCGAGUGCUCGGAACUCGUGAAAAACAACGAUAUUCUCGUCAUGGAAGUGGAAACACUGAAAACGGGCAAGCUGGAGACCAUUCCGGAGCAAAAUGAGGACAUUGAGAUACUCGAACAGCAACUUGUCGAUUGCAAUAAUGAGGCGAAGAGCAAGUUGGAUGAGUUUGAAGUCGAAAAAACGAACAUGUUGGAGCGAAUUGACGGCUUGAGUCACAAUUUGAUGGAAAUGGAGUGCAAAAAACGCGAUUUGGAGAUGUACAUUGAGGGAUUGGAGAACGAAAAAAGCAAUUUGUUGUUCGAAAUUAACGAACUGAAGGCAGAUAAGGGCGUUUCCAACACGGAUGACGACGCCGAGGAGCAAAUUUCGGAGUUGGAAGACCAAAUUCACAACAUGAAACGCGAUAAUUCGGAGUUGCUGAAGAAAAUUCAGACCUUGGAAGGGGCUUUGCUCGAAUCGGAACACACUUUUGGCACUUUACAAGCGUCUUUGGAGGAGCAAAAGUCGGAAAAAUCGAAAUAUGAGACCGAAAUUGCCGAAUUAAAUCAUCGAAUUUCGACGCUUCAAGCAGAAUUGAAGGAAUCUGUGCAACUUGGCAUCGAAACUCGUCUCCAACUUGAGACUGAAGUGUCAGAAUUGCAAGAAAAACUCAAAAAAUCCGAGGAAAAUCAUUCAGCGACUCAAAAAAAUCAACAGCAUGAACAGGAUUUGGUCGCUGAAACGAAAAUUAAUGCAUUAGAAACGCAGAUUAGCGAUCUCGACGCAUGCAACGGGCAGCUACAAGCCCAAAUCACCGCAUUAAACGAAACAAUUGCCGCAACGGUGCAUGAGAAAAACGAAUUAAUGCAUAAAUUGCAGGAGAAAACGCAAGAAAAUGCAAAUUUCCAAGGCGAAAUCGUGCGCAUCACGCAACUGCACGAGGUUGCAGCGGCAAAUUGUGAGAGUUUGACGCAAAAAUUGGCGUCGCUUGAGGCGGAUUUGAAGGCGGCCGCUAAUAAGGAUGCGGAAAAGACGAAUGAUCAGAUGCACUUUUUAAGGGAAAAAGCGGAUAUUCUUACGGCGAAUCUCUUGACGGAGCAAAAUAAUCAAAAGUUGUUGCAAAAUGAGAAAAUUCAACUAAUUGAGAAGAAUCAGAAUUUAACGAAGGAUUUGGAAAGGUUGAGGGAGCAUUUGUUGGAAGUUGAGGAUGGACAUACGCAGGAAGUUAUGCAGCUGCAGAAGAUGAUUGAUGAGCAGAAACAGAGACUUGCCGAUAUGGAGGGACAAGUGAAGCAAUCUAGUACGGCGUAUACGUCAGCAAACAUUCGCGCGAAUCAACAAGUAGAAGUCCUGCAAAACCAAUACAAAUUACUCGUUCAACAACGAGAUGAAAUUUCCGCUAAAUUGAGUGCCGCUGAAGAUCGCGAAGAAAAGCAUCAGGCAGCUUUGACUAACUUACAAUGCGUUCUCGAGCAGUUCCAACGAGACAAACAAACCGACAUCGACGCUGCCUGCUACAAACUCCGCAAAGACAUCGAAAAAGGCAAAGAAGAAGAAAAUCAUUUACGCGAAGAAAUUGACACCCUUUUGAAUCAACUUGCCGACGCCAAACAAGGCCUUGCUGCAGCUUCACGUCUUUCGGAUCAACUUGAAACCAGUAAUCAAACAAUUUCGAAGCUAAAAUCCGAGCUUUCCCGCUUCCAAGACAAAUAUCUGGAAAUUGAGACGAAAAUGCAGCAAAGUGAGCAAAAUCAAGCCGAUAAAGUCGAAAAACAGCUCGUCAAAAAUAUGUUAAUUGGAUAUAUCGUUGCUCCGAAUGGCACGGAUAAGCAACAAAUCCUGAAACUUCUCUCAGCAAUUCUCGAUUUGAAUCAAGAGGAACUCGCCAAAGUCGGUUUACUUAAACCCAGUGGUUGGCUCGGCGGUUUAUUGGCGUCUCCUGGUCAACAAAACACCUACAACCGCGAAAGUCUCUCGCAAGCCUUUGUAAAAUUCUUGGAGACUGAAUCGUCGCCCCGGGCGCCCUCCGCUGAGCUGUUAAGUCUUCACAAAGACACUCCGACGCCAGUUAAGGCACCGCCGACGCCUGUUUCGGGCACACAUAGCAGAAGUUCGAGCAUUGGAUCCGCUGUGGGAACGACGACGAUGCAAACGCCAACGACAACGCCACAUAAACCGGAUCGCCCAACAGUUGCCGUUCAACCGAUUUUACUGAAUGAGGGGAUUUUGCAGCCGACAUUCGUUCCGCAACGAAAUUCUAGUGCAAUUUUGAAGGAUAUUCUGAAUGAUUCAUGAUUCGAUCGUUACAAGUCUUAAGUUUAUUCUAAAUAAUUAAAAAAAAAAUUAAUUAGGAGAUUUUUUCACGCAUUUGUUAGAUUUGAUUGAGAGCCAAGCGGCGCAUUUUUGUGUAGCAAGUCAUUAAUUAGAAUUAAGAAAGGAGACGAUUUUGAAAGGAAUGCACGGAACGCAAUUUAUUGUUAAAAGUUGUAUGAAAAAAUUUAUAUUUUUCAAUAAAAAUUGAUUUUUAACUGUUAA